GUUUCACGGUAACCAGGCAACCACAGAAGCUAAGGGUUACAACUGCUAACAAUCACCGCUAGCCAACUGCCACCUGGAAAGUAUUUUCAAGCAGCUAAAUACAGACAAAAAGGACAGACCAGUCUCUUGACAUUAGGACAAAGCAUUUCUGUGACAUUUUGUCCGUCAUCAACGUCAUGUCCUGUCCUACUGAUAACAACUCCAAGCCAAAGUCCAUGAGCAGAGCCAGAGGAUGGACAGCAGAGGUGGAAAACCUGUUCAGAUUCCAACAGGCAGGCUACAGAGAUGAACUGGAGUACAUGCAAGUCAAACAAGGGGCUCUGAUUGACAAGUGGCCAGAGACUGGCUUUGUGAAGAAGCUCCAACGUCAAGACAACACAUUUUAUUACUACAGCAAGAGAAGAGAAUGUGAGGACCGUGAUGUCCCUAAAGUCAAAAUCUAUUCAUAUUAAGGUAUUCUGGACUCUCCCAUCCACUGAGGAUGGGGCUCCAUCGUCCCAUUUAUUAUUAUCAUAAAGUCGACACAUGUCAACACACACACACACACCAUGGGCACAGAUUAUACCUGCUUUGAAGUCAAAGUUGUGGCCUUUUUGUUUUUAAUAAAUGAAUUUUGAACCUACAUAUCAGAAUGGCUUUGUAGAGGCUUUACAGUGUGUUUCUUCAGACAUUUGAGUCUCACAUUUGAGUCUCAUCUACUGUUAAACAAACACUGUUUGUUUAAUCAGAUACUAAAGGUUCAAAAUAAUGUGGUUUUUUUUUUACAUGCUGCUCUACUUCUUUUGACUGAGAAAUAUUCUCAGUGGUUGAGAGUUAAACAAACAAUUCUCUCAUCUAAUUCUCAGGAAAGAAAAUAAGCAUAUUUACCAAAAAGGCAAACUAUUCUUUUAAAAAAUGUGCUUUCAGUCUAAAAAUAACCAAACAGACUUGGGUAACCUGGCGAGGCCCGAGGGCCCAGAGCUCAUUUUUACCUCAGGGCCCCUUAUAAUCCAGUCCUGACCUUAAAUAAAAUGUUUGUACUGUAUCUAAUGCACACUGUCGGAGCUGAACAUGUGAUAUGUAGCUGAAUCAUUUUAAUGUGGCCCCCAGUAAAAGGAUUUGACAACAGUUAGAUAGCAGUAAUACAAAGAGGCUCAUUUAUCUGCUGUUUUACUGCUGGUUUAAUCUGUUUCAAAGACAUUUAUGCUUUGUGUUGUGUUUUUGAAUUCUACAAACUGUAAACGACUUCCAGUUAAAAGAGAGGAGAG